UAUUUUUGUAUUGCCGGUGGUUUCUUUCGCACCAAAGGUAAAGGAUUCCGAAAUGGCUGUUCCCGUGGCAUCGUUUGGGAAGUUUUUGUGCCGUGCCAGCACGACACUGCAGAAUUUUGUGGCGCCGGCCGCUUUGAACGCAACUCAACAAAGGAACUAUGCCACAGGGAAGCGGAUCAAGGUGUCGAACCCGGUCGUGGAGUUGGACGGAGAUGAGAUGACUCGCAUCAUCUGGGACAAAAUCAAAGAGCAGCUCAUCUUCCCGUACCUCGACCUUGACAUCAAGUAUUUCGACCUUGGUCUGGAGUAUCGCGAUCAGACCAAUGAUCAGGUGACGAUCGACUCUGCUGAGGCAAUCAAGAAAUACAACGUGGGCAUCAAGUGCGCAACCAUCACGCCAGACGAGGCUCGUGUCGAAGAGUUCAAGCUGAAGAAGAUGUGGUUGAGCCCCAAUGGUACCAUCAGAAAUAUUCUGGGUGGGACCGUCUUCCGCGAGCCAAUCAUCUGUAAGAACAUUCCAAAACUCGUUCCUGGCUGGACAAACGCCAUUGUGAUUGGUCGUCAUGCACAUGGGGACCAGUACAAGGCCACUGAUUUCGUGGCACCAGGGCCGGGGAAGGCGGAGCUGGUUUACACGCCGGUCGGGGGUAAGGAAGUGCGACUGCCGAUGUUCGAGUUCAAGAAAGGAGGUGGAGUCUUGAUGGGCAUGUACAACACUGAUGAGUCGAUAACUGGCUUCGCUCACUCCUGCUUCCAGUAUGCCAUCAUGAAGAAAUGGCCGCUAUACCUGAGCACGAAGAAUACGAUUUUGAAACGUUAUGAUGGGCGUUUCAAGGACAUAUUUGAAGAAAUCUACCAGGCGCAGUACGUGAAGGAGUUUGAGAAGGCCGGGAUCUGGUACGAACACCGACUCAUUGACGACAUGGUGGCGCAGGCUCUCAAGUCAACUGGUGGCUUCGUGUGGGCGUGCAAGAACUACGAUGGAGACGUACAGUCUGACAUCGUGGCACAGGGUUACGGCUCUUUGGGUUUGAUGACCAGUGUUCUAGUCUGUCCCGAUGGUAAGACAAUCGAGGCCGAGGCAGCUCACGGCACAGUUACCAGACAUUACAGGGAACAUCAAAAAGGAAACCCCACCAGCACGAACCCUGUAGCCAGUAUCUUUGCCUGGACGCGAGGGUUGGAACAUCGCGGCAAGCUGGAUGGAAAUAAUGACCUUCAAAGAUGGGCGCAGGUGAUGGAGAAGGCGUGCGUCGACACGGUCGAGAGCGGGAAGAUGACCAAGGAUUUAGCAGGGUGUAUCUACGGAAUUAAGAGUGUCACACCAGACAAGUAUUUAUACACAAUGGACUUUUUGUCGGCCAUCGCAGAAAACUUCGACAAACAGUGGAAAAACUAACUCCCAUGAUUUGAGAUAGACCCAGUAUUUUUUUAUUUUUUUGUCUAGACAGCAUUUAGGAUUAGAAACUAUCACUAGUGGUUUUCUAUUUGGUAGAGUUUCGUGUCUGAAUUAACAAACUCUCUGAGAGCUGUGGACCGUGGUUGCCAAGCGAAGAAUAAGUAGAUUGUAGCACCAUGGUUACUGCUUCAGAAACAACCAACUGAUUCUUCAUGCUGUUUAACAUAUAAUCACUGUGGUUGGAGGGGGGGAUUGGGUGGGCCGAUUAAAAUGAACAUUCUCUGUUUUUAAAAGAUAGGCCGACUGCGUCUUGGGGAGGGGCGAAUCGUUUUGAGCUUGCGAAAUCAAAGUCGAAUGCCCCUCUUGAUCUCCAACUUCGAACUGGUUCUGAUUUUGAGAUUACCAAAGUUUUCAUCUCAAUAUUUUCAAGUCCCCAAGGGGCCUAAUGACUAAUGCUUCAUUAGACCUGUUCCCGGGCUUCAAUAACACUGCAUUUUUGACAAGAAUUACAUCAAUUUUUCUUGCCUGUGACUUCAAUGAUCCAAAUCUUCUUGCUUAAGAAUCCAUCCACGUUUCUUGCCCGUGACUUGUAUGACCAUAUUUUGUUCAAGGCUUUGCUAUAAAGAGUUUGUCAACGUUUCUUGCCCAUAACUCCAUGACAAAAGUUUUGUUCAGGUCUUUGUCGACUUGCAUGACUCGGUCUAGGGCCAAAAUGACACAUUUUGUCUAGUGACUCUUGUCUAGGGCUUCUGUCACUUUUACCUGUAGCUUCGGAAGGCCUAAAGGGACACCUAAUUGUUCCGAAUGACCAGACAGUAUGUUUAUGAGAUGAUGAUUUAUUUAUUUCACUUGCCGCCGUCUUCAUAACAGACCUUGGAAUCUCACUACAAUCGACUUUCAGUGCAAAUAUAGUCGCAGAAAAUGCUGUGCUGUACAUAAUCUUAGUGUGGUGUUAUGUGAUGGAGAAAAAUAAAACCAUCUUAACAAAAACAUCGUUAUUUUACACAAACAUACACGUUUAAUACCUUUUGGGGGUUUUAAAAAGUAAUUGUGAUGAGUUUUAAUUGUGUUCAUUUUGAGAAAACAAAAUCUGGUACAGUUGCUUGAUAAAAAAAAAAUUCCUCAAAAUCAUCAACAUGAAAAAAUUACGGACUCUGAUAAUCUUAAAGUCAUGAACAAUAAAAUUACUCAAUUCUAUGAGUCUUAAAAUCAUGAACAAUAAAAUUACUUAAAAAUAUUAUAAAUUAUAAACAUGUAUUGCUACUUUAGUUUUUUGUGCAGUUUUUAAUGGAGUUUUUAAUGGAGCCGUGUUCUGCUUAAAAACCAGGUUCUUUUUGAUGAAAUAUUAUGUAAUUUAUACUUACACACUAGUUUACAUUCCCUCUGGUUAACCAAUUUGAACACUGUUAAAAUGUCAACUUGGUGGAAAAGGGCACUGACAUUGAUAUUUGGAAAUCUUACUUAAUUGUUUUAAGAAGAAUUUGUACACGUGAAUUAAAUUGUUAAACUGAAAAUAUAUUUGCAACAUAUUAUGUUAAUUAAAAUUAUAUUACUGUGUUCAUUGCCAUGAAAGGCAGCAAAUGACAUUAAUAGAAAUAUCUAAUAUCCGAAAAGUUUUUCAGAAAUGUUUUAUUUCAUUGUACACAUUAGUGUUAAUCUUAGGUGUAUUAUAUUGCAAGUGCGUGUGAAAUUGUUUGCUUUAUAGUAUAUUUAUAGUCAGUAAUGAAACAAAAUUGACAUGCUAUUUAAUAUUGAAACCAUACCAAAUAGUUAUUUUUAUGAACAAAGGGUAUUUAUUGGUAAAUCGGUAACAUAAUUUUGUUAAGAAUUUAAAAGUAAAAGGUUUUAGUGAAAAACAAAUUUACGAAGCCGUUUUUUCUUAAAUGCAGGUGUUUAAGUAAGUAUUGUAAAUAUAUGAAGGUACACAUGUGUAUGACAAAAACGGACUUUGUAAAUUUGGCCCUACGUGUUUCCUAAACAUGUCUAUAUUGGCAGAUCGAUGAGCAAAAUGUUUAGUUUUCCAAGGAUUUUGAUUUGAUGCAUUUUACUUUAUUUUGAUAUUAAUGUAUACACACAAAUGUUAUCAGGUCUGGUCAUCUUGAUUUGUUAUACACCUUGUAAAAAGUAAAAAAAAAAAAAAGACAGAGAAAAUUAAAUUAAGAAAUGGGAA